CUGCCGGGCAGGGGUAAAGGGAGGCGCGAGGCGCAUCCGCGCGCGCCCGAAGCCGCACGCGAGGGCUGCGAGAGGAGUCCGUUGUCGACGCCUCAAAAUAAAAUAGCGCUCAAAUUUCCCGUCCGCAAUGUGUUGUGAAGAAGAAGAAGGAGACGAAGACUGAGCUGCGGUUUGCUGCGUGCCGUCUCCUCCCGCUUCUUUUUUUUUCCUCCCGCUUCUCUUUUUCACCCACCCGCUGUCUCUCUCUCUCUCUCUGCCUCUGCCUGUCCCUGUGCUGACGCUGAGGGGGCGAGCAGGGGACGCUGAAGAGAAUGGGCGAAUCCCCGAGGUUUGCCUUCUAACUCUGGACAUGGAUCCGUCUUUCUCACGGGGAGAUAAAGAGCCAGUUGAUGCAGACUAUCAUGACAAUGAGGUCCACCUGGAGGAGCUGGGGCGGGGCAGAGUGAGGAUGCGAGAGCCCGUCCUGUGGGAGCACCCUCUGCAGUUCUCCUGGAUGAUGGAGGGGGAGCCCUUCACCUCUACGCUGCUCCAGGCGGGGGGCUCCGUGGCUGACGCCGGCAUGACACUGGAGCAGAAGACCACCUUUGCCUUUGUCAUCUUCCUCUUCGUCUUCCUGGGCAUCCUGAUCGUGCGCUGCUUCCGCAUUCUUCUGGACCCCUACCGCAGCAUGCCCACCUCGACCUGGGCCGAUGGCCUUGAUGGGCUGGAGAAAGGCCAGUUUGACUACACCCUGGCAUGAUGCAGCCAUUCAGCAGCUGACACACCACACGUGGAAAACACUUUGAUUUAUCCCAAGAGGCUGGAUAUUGUUUACAUGGAAGGCAGAAAACGCUGAUGUCUGCCGUGGGACAGACACUGCUGUGGUCUCCCUCAGUGCCGCUGGGAGACUCUCCCAGCUCAUACAGGGUAGUUCUCCUCUUCCUAAUACCUCACAGCUUGUUCAGUGACGCUACGUGAUCUCUCGUGCUGCUAUGUGAAGUCACACUGCUGUAGGUACGCCAUCCUCAAGCUCAAGAACAUCUGAAAGACUCACCAGCAUAGGCAAAAUCGACAGACUUAUGGUUGAGCAUUGCCAGAGAAAAACUGGGAAAUCUGUGCUUAGUUGGUUGAGUGGCUAUGAAAUUGGAUUAACCAUGAAGGCCAUUUGGUUAACUAAUCCAAACCAUACUACUGCUUUGACCUGCUAUCCAGUUGCAGUGUUUCUCCCUUUCAGUCUGGGACCAUUAUACAUUGAGAAUCAGCACCUGGGUUCUUAUGUACCAUUAGUGUAAAGUAGUAACAUGUGUGUUAUAGAUCCACUGCACAACAGGGGUGAAACCUGUAUAAAUGUCUUCACUGGCAAAUGGGGGAAUGUAUACAGUGAUUAUUUGCACUGUCAGAAUAUAGUUAAAACAUUGUUUUCUGCAGUCAGGAAAAAAAGGCCAGUUACAGUAUGCUCAUACCUUGUUUAGCCUAACACGAAGCUUGAAGUAGAAGCAGAAAUAGAAGUGCGUUACACUUGACCUUAAAUGCUACCAGUUGUGUGCUAACAGUACUGUUCUGUUCAUUCCAGUGGUCCAGGAAACGGAUGUAGUUGUUUACCUCACCUCGGAGGGUCUUGGCAUUUUAAGUCGUUCGCUAGGAGGUGGGAGGCAUCAGCUCCGUAUCGCGCUGCAGCCUGCUUGCGUUGACGGAAGACUGUUACGAACUGCUGCACUUGACACGAAGCUCCAGCGAGUUGUACGGUGUUUGUGGUGCUUGUCAACUUAUCAAAUGUCAGUUUAAAGUUUGACGCCAUCAGCAGCUCAGUGACAGUGGUCAUCAAACCUCUGUGGGUGUGUGGGCUCUCUAUCGUCCUUCACACUUCCCAGCGUCGGUGGUUUCACAGGAUUCAAUUAAAGCCGCCAUUUUUCGAGAAUCACUACGAUCCAUCAAAUCAGCUGUCAGUUAAGCAAACAUAGCUGGAGUGUGUGAUGCAGUUAUCUGUCUGCUGCCUGCUAAUGCUACAGGGUGAUCAGCUUGACUCCCGGUGUACGUUAUUCCUUGUAGAAUACCUGACCUUUACGUUAAAGAAAGACCUGCACUAGACCUUGUAUCGACCAGGGCGGGCAAUGCCCAAGGAGCCAUUUUUCAUGUGACUGCAGGCUUUCCCGUUCUUAUUAUUUUCCAGCUAUCGGUUCAUAUCUUUCGAUUUUGUGAUUACAUUGCACUAUUAGCCACUGCUUAAAAAUAGCCACGGGGGAAAAAUGACUCCCAUUGACUGGGGUAUUAGGAACCAUUAUAAAUGGAGUCUGACAUUGUCCACAUGCUGAUAUGAGCCAUGGCCUGUGUGUAAGCUACGCACUUCAGAGUCACAAAACAAGACGGUUGCUUUAAUAGAUCAUUAAUAGGACCGCAGCGCAAAUGUAACAGGAAAAUAGGUGCGCCGUUUACAUAAUGGGUUUUGGUGGAGCCAGGCUUCCUGAUGCGCAUUUAAUGCAGCAAAGACUGUUUGCACUUUUUAAGGCACUGUAAAUCACCUCAUUGUGAACUUUUCCUCUUCCUCUCCGGGCUUUGCUUUGUACAUAGUGGUCGCAAAUACGGACACAGGAAACGCAGUGAAGCGCAACGUCUGAAGCGCUCGUUCCAGAGCUGUUCCGUCUCCUUUUUCUGUCAGGAGACUCGGCUAUUUUGAGCACAAUCUCCUUGUCAAGGACAAACCGAAGCGAUCCAACAAAUUCCUAUAUAGCGAGUGGUUAUUGAUAUGUUUUUUUUUUAAAAAAUAAAAGUUAUGGAUGACAGAAACUGACUCUCAUUAGCUAGAGAGCCUUAAACCAACUUUUAAUAGAGAGACAGGAAUGAGAAAAACUGUGUUAUGUGAUAUGUUUUGCAGGUUUUAGAAUAAAAAUAGUCUGAAUCCCAAAGAGUUGUCGUACCACUUGUGCCAAUUCACCCCCCACCCCCCAUCACCAUCUCGAUUGAUCAGACAAACGAAUAAACAAACUGAUUUAGUGAACUGCCACUGGAUUGGGACAGGUAUGGGAUUUGCACAGGCACCACGUUGCUCUAAACUGUGAUUGCUGAGAUUGUAAUAUGACCUGCCAACUGUUCAAGAACAAAGCCUUCUCAUCGCUAUGAAUGAGGGAUAUUGCCUUUAAGUGCUGUGAAUUACAAUUCAUAAUUCUCUGUUUUAGUAGACUAAUUAUGUAAACUAACAGAACUAACUGGUAAGUAAACAGUACUGCAAUAUAUUCAUAGGAAUUAUGUAGUUAUUAAACUACAAAGAAAUGAAACAUGUAAUGAGCUACCACCUUGUAAAUUGUAACCAUCCAUU